ACCUAUAUGAUUAUAAUGAAUAUAACGAUGCUAUUGAUACUUUAGAGAUGCAUUUCAUACUGUUCUAUACGUGUUUACCUAUUACAGUAAACAAUUGCAUCAAUGUUUGCGACGGUCAUUCAAUGAAAUAAAGGCUUGUGUCUCAAAAAACUACUAACAAUGCCUGAACGAAUUGAAAUUGGUGUCAUCCCUGACAAUUUACGGCACGAGGAGACUAUCGUGCAGAUAGCAGAAGCCCUCGAUGAUCUUGACUCCGCUGUCUCUUAUAUAUUCGAGUGUAUCGACAAGAGAUUACACGAAAACAGCCAAAGGUUGUCGAAUGUUAGAAACCGAGCAACAAAGCUUCAAGAUCGGUUGCAUUACUUGCAGACCAAUUUAAACUUGAAAGCUGUGAAGAUGUACUCUGCUGCCAAGUAUCCUGCUAAUCACACGUACAAGGAAUACGAGAUGGCGAUACCACCCAAGUACAAGGAAACUCGCGAAAUACCGGAGGUUUACAAAUGCUCCGUGCCAAUAAAAGAAGUACCCGAAACGUACUUAUCCUCCAAUUGUAAAACAGAGGAUGGUCAAUACGCGGCAAAUAACAAUUUGCAAGAGAAGCUGCAAUUCUUUCACGUGCGAGCCAAAACGAAUAAAGAGGCCUAUAUGGAUAACAACGAACCAUCCUUCCCUCUCAGUUUGUCUUCGAUCAGCGCACUCUUAUUCGAUAGUAUGGAUAAUCCUUACAAAAUGUCAACAAAGCAAACCAGUCAACAAACAUCCGAAAAACAACAGAUCGAAGAUGCCCCUGACUCGAUUAUACAACCGUGGCCGACAUCGGAAAUGGAGUCCUCCUCCAAUUACAUGUACACGCCAACUCUAGGCGAGGUGCCCCAAAUAAACGUGCCCCUAACACUGCCGGAUCUACCUGGAAUCGUAGACGACGAAAAAUUCAUGUUAGACCUUAACGCUCAAAGCCCUAUCGCACCCUCUUCCGUAGUAACUACGCCUACCUACCUCCGUCUCGACUUUCCAACCCCAACGUCAGCCACAAACGAGAAAGAAGCAAGCACGAAGCUCGAGCAGAACGUGCCAAACCUCCCUGGCUUCGCAGACAUCGAUUCCUCCAAGCAAUCUGCUCAGGAUUCAACAGCUACUUCAUCGACGCACGUUUCCUCCGAUGCAUCGAACGCAGUUUCUUCGAAUUCUGAGACAAGUCAUCGUUCAUCGCUGUUAAUGCCUCCACCACCGCAGCCACCUCCACCACCGUCGCUGCUACCACCGCCGCCACCACCCCCUCCGCCUCCACCACCGCCACCGCCACCGCCACCACCGCCUCCUCCACAGCCCUCGUCAGAGUCCGACGUUCCGGACUCUCGGAAAGGCUCUGAAACGAGCAAAGCUCCCAAGGAGAAGAGCAAGCCAGCGAAUCCUGACGAUCGCUCCAAUCUAAUGGCUGAAAUCCGCAACGCGGGCGGCAUAGGAAGAGCAAAAUUGAGGCGAACAGUGCCAGAAGAUAAAGAGAAUCGCUGGUCUUCCGCGUCCGUCGGAGGAGAUCUAAUGGCAGACUUGCACGCGAAGCUAGCGCUUAGGAGAAAAGGGAUCGCUGGCUCAGGAACCACUGCUCUGGAGAGGAUGUCCAACAUGAUUCCACCCCCUCCUCCAAAAUCAAACGAAGCUACCGCGUCGGACAGGAACUCAGCCACCAGCGAAUACGACUCUCAACCGGAUACAGACGACUGGGACGAGUAAUACAUUCCCAGAAUCGUGUACAAUUUUCUACGUUCUUUAAAUUACAAGGGAAGAAUCGCAGAUGAACGGUAUCCUAAAUGAAACCUCAACCGGACCUGGGAGCUGCGUGCAAUUUAUUUUAGAAUGUAAUUAUUAAGAUUGUUUUGUAGCGUUAUUACGAAGCAGAUAUUUUAAAUUGAGUGUAGAUUUGCUUUGCAAUGAACGUUUCACUCGACACGAUUCGAUGUAACAAAUAGUUCUCUCUUGCUCUUCUUUGGCAAAAUAUUUAUAAGAUAUUGGGUCUUUAUUCUUAAUCUUAAUAGGAAUCUUGUUAAAGAUUAAAAUUCA